AUGAGUAUUCAAAUGUCUAUAGUCUUCGCAGUGCUAGUCACAGAAAUGGUGGUUUUGUUCAUCUACCUCUUGCCAAUGCCAUUUGUGAUCCGUCGCAAUUUGGUCAACGGCGCAGCUGCGUUGCGUCAGAACGCAAACUUCAAGGUGGGUUUGGUAUUCUCGUCAAUUCUCAUGGCGCUUCAGUUCACCGAUUGUGUGAAGAAACUCCAGAGAUAUGCUCACACCGACAAUCCCUACUAUGCGCAGAUGGCCAACGCUGCCAGGGGUGGUGAUAUGCUGUACGAUCAGCUCGCCCUGAAGUUCUAUGCGCAGAGAAACUUGUACAUCACAGGUGCGGUCUUGUACUUGGCCUUGUCCAUCAACACAGUAGUGUCUAUCUUGCGCAACCUAGUCACCAAGGAAGCUGCGCUUCGCAAGUUGCAGCAGGAGCCUAAACAUGAUGAUAGUGAGGUGGUGGCUGAGUUGAAGAAGCAGCUCAAACAGAAGGAGACUGACCUUGAAACAAUGAAGAAGCAGCUCAAGAGCGCACAGACGGCUUACGAUGCCUUGACCCCACUGGAGGAGAGAAGCAAGGAUGAUUAG